AUGAGGCUUUCUCCAGAGGAAGAAGAGAGGAAGAGGAUCAGAAGAGAAAGGAAUAAACUUGCAGCUGCCAAGUGUCGAAAUCGCAGACAAGAAUUAACUAACAGUCUCCAAGCUGAAACUGACAGCCUUGAAGAAGACAAGGCAGCUCUGCAGUCUGAGAUCGCUACUCUGUUAAAAGAGAAAGAAAGACUCAAACGUAUUCUUUCUACUCACAAACCCCACUGUAAACUAAAGGAGGAGACAUCUGGGGAAAACAAGAAACAAGUCCAAACGCAGGUGGAGCAGACACCCCCACAGGCCCCUAAAACCUCUCCAGAACAUCAUCUGGUGCCCACUUUUCCCCAACAGCCUGACCCCACCAGCACUGCGAUCUUCGGGGACUCCGACGUCCUUCUGUGUUCCAGUGCAGAACUGGGUGCCGUUGAGGUGGAACCGUACAUUGACAUGAGGGAUGUGACCAUGGAAUACAUUAGCAAUGUGAUAGACCAUGGUGAUGACAUGGAUUUGUUAGUGCCAGACAUUGAUUUAAGUGACUCUUUGGGCUUGAGAGAAUGGGAAACCAUGUACAUGUACAUGGGAGGCGGGUUACCACCCAUAAGCUCCCCUACAUGUAGCCCCACCUGUAGCAGCAGCAGCAACGCUGUUCCUGUUUUCAGCUUCAACGAUGCAGAUUUAGAGAAAGGCUUUGAGUAAAUCUAAUGCAACCAAAGAAAUCUUGAUGAC